CAAAACCCUUUCUACCUCUCUCUCUCUCUAACUUUACCUUUUAACAACAAACAGAAAGAAAGAAAGGAAAUGGCAAGCGCAAAUCCAGAAACCGCCAAACUCACGCCUGCAUCGGUGGACAUGGCUAACCCAGAUGAGCUCAAGAAAGUUUUCGACCAGUUCGAUUCCAACGGCGACGGCAAGAUCUCGGUCCUCGAACUCGGCGGCGUGUUUAAGGCCAUGGGGACUUCCUACACGGAGACGGAGCUCAACCGCGUUCUGGAGGAGGUCGAUACAGAUCGCGACGGUUUCAUCAACCUGGACGAGUUCUCCACUCUCUGCCGCUCGUCUUCCUCCGCCGCAGAGAUCCGUGACGCUUUCGAUCUCUACGAUCAGGACAAAAACGGACUCAUCUCGGCCGCCGAGCUUCACCAGGUCCUAAACCGACUUGGGAUGUCUUGCUCUGUCGAGGACUGUACUCGUAUGAUCGGACCUGUGGAUGCAGACGGCGACGGGAAUGUCAAUUUCGAAGAGUUUCAGAAGAUGAUGACUUCGUCCUCCCUCAUCAACAGCAACGGAUCGGCCAAUGGAGGUUCGGCUUAGGGUUAUUGAGUAGAUCUGGAAAUGUGAUAUCAAAAAUUGGGAUAAUAAUAAUAAUAGCUAUAUAUAUGUGUGGCUUUAGGAACUCGUUUUGAAAAUGUGAUCUAUCAAUCCUCAGUCUAACUUCAAACUUCAAUAUGAGAGUAGAUCUCUUUUCAUACAUAGUUGUUGGAAGAUGUUUUUAUUAAGAUCUGCAUACUAUUGGAUACAUCAUCGUUGUUUCUCCUCUGUCUCUAUAUAUCUGAUCAAACAAAUUUGGUUU